GCGCGCGCGUCAUUUCCACCACUGCAAGUGGAGGAACUAAUUUUUCCUUUCCCCUGCAUGUCCGGUUUUUGCGAAUGGGUGAUGUGUUUCGCUGCGAUGUCGCUUUUCAUAAAAUGGAACGGGACUGCAUAAAUCAUAAGUUUUUCCCCCUCGUCGACAGAUAAGAUUGUCUGUGAUGUGCUAACCACACCUGUAAAAUGAAACGUCGUGAGUUUUAGUUUUGGUCUCAGGGACGUAAUUUCUGAGAGGCUGCCAGCACCUCACAGCGCGCGCCUGUUCCAGUUGAGAGAGGAAGAGACGGAGCAAGGAAAACACCGAGGUCCAAGUUGGUACAUAUUAACGGUUUUUGCCUUUUGGGCAGACGACUAGCGGUCUGAAGGCUUGGCGGUUGCGCUUGAGAGUUCUAGGUGACUUUGUUUUUUCACGACAUUCGUCAAUUAUUGUUCAAUUCUCCAGAUUAAAGGCGGUGGAGCAUCUCACCUUGAAAGCAUGCAGCGAUAAUAGCACACAUUCUUCUCUCACUGAUGCUUUCCAACUUUUAAAGGAAUACCGAACAACCCCAAACCAACUUUCACAAGCAGGAAGUCAUGCGGAGACAUCACCCAGCAAUUUAAGAAGAUGGAUGAGUCCAGUCGGCCCUUGUCGCGGACAACAAGAAGAACAACAACAACUACGUCCAUGACGAUGCUGACGACGAUGCUGCUACUCGGUCUCCUCUUCUCCCAGUUUGGAUGGGCCCACCUCCAGCCGCCGGCCCCAACCCCUGACCCGUCUGCCGUCCGCAACGUCACCCUGGCGGCCAUCUUGCCCAAGAACAACAACGAGUAUGCCUGGGCGUGGCCCCGCGUGGCACCGGCGCUGACCCGGGCGAUGGAGCGUGUCAACGCCGACCCCUGGAUGUUGCCGGGACACCGGCUGGUCCUCCUCUUCAACGGCAGCGACACCCAAGAUGGCCGUUGCUCGGAGACCGUGGCCCCUCUGGCCGCCGUGGACUUCAAGAUGUCCCACAACCCCUGGGCCUUCGUCGGGCCCGGCUGCGACUACGCGGCGGCGCCCGUGGGGCGUUUCACGGGCCACUGGCACGUUCCCAUGGUGACGGCGGGCGCGGCGGCCGUGGCCUUCGAGGAGUACACGUCCAUCACCAACAUGGGCCCCACCUACCAGAAGCUGGGAGAGUUCGUGGUGGACAUGCACCGGGGCUUCGGUUGGACGCACGCCAUGCUGACCUACCACGACCACCGCAACGACGACCGGCUCUGCUUCUUCCCGGUGGAGGGGUCCUUCAACGAGAUGAUCAAGGAGAACAUCACCAUCCACCAGGUGGCUUUCGACGAGCUGGAUGGACCUGUGGACUACCAGGACAUCAUGUCCAGGAUCAGGGACCAGGCCCGCGUGGUGUACGUGUGCUGCUCGCGGGACGCCCUGCGCAAGCUGAUGCUGGAGUUCUGGAGGGGUAGCUACCUGCACUCGGAGUUUGUCUUCUUCUACAUCGACUUGUUCGCCACCAGCCUGGAGGACACCGGCAACCGGCCCUGGGCACGCAACGACUCUGACGACGAUGACGCACGUCAAGCAUUUGGGAGUGUGAAGAUCCUGACGUACAGGGAGCCCCAGAACCCGGAGUACAGAGACUUCGUGGAGACACUCAAGACAGACGCCCAGAGCAUGUUCAACCUCACACUCAGAGACUCACUGAUCCACAUGAUUUCUGGUAGUUUCUAUGACGGCGUGAUGCUGUAUGCCCUGGCGCUGAACGAGAGCUUGAGAGAGACGCCUGCAGGAAAGAGACCAGCGGGCGAGGACGUCAGUCAGAGGAUGUGGAACCGCACUUACUACGGAGUAACCGGCCCACUGCAGAUUGACGAGGUGGGGAAUCGGGAGAUGGACUUUGCCCUGUGGGACAUGACCAACUACACCACCGGAGUAUACCAGAUGGUGUCCAUAUAUAAUGGCAGUCAGAAGCAGAUGGUGCCUGUGGAGGGCAUGAGUGUCCAGUGGCCCUCCGGCUCGCCCCCCCUCGACGUCCCCGUAUGCGGCUUCAAGAACGACAAGCCCUCCUGCCUCGCAAAGACCGUUACCAUGCGCCAGAUGAUCUCCAUCGUGGUCUGCUUCAUCCUUUUCAUCAUCACCACGGUUACCGUAUUCAUCUACAGGAAGUUGAAGUUGGAGAAUGAGUUGACAGCACAGCUGUGGAGGGUGCAGUGGGAGGACAUCCAGAUGAGCAACCUGGAGAAGGCCCUGAGACGCGCCUGCAGCAAGAUGACACUGUCCCUGAGAGGCUCCAACUACGGCUCUCUCCUCACCAUGGAGGGAAAUGUGCAGAUCUACACCAAAACUGGAUAUUACAAGGGCAACAUCGCAGCUAUUAAAUAUGUCAACAAGAAGCGCAUCGAGCUGACCAGGAAAGUGCUGUUUGAGCUCAAACAUAUGCGUGAUGUCCAGAAUGAGCAUCUGACUCGUUUCAUCGGAGCCUGCAUAGACCCUCCCAACAUCUGCAUCAUCACAGAAUACUGCCCCCGAGGCAGUCUACAGGAUCUGAUGGAGAGUGACAGCAUCACGCUAGACUGGAUGUUUCGCUACUCCCUCAUCUGUGACAUUGUGAAGGGCAUGGCCUUCCUCCACAACAGUGUGAUUGGUUCCCAUGGUCACCUCAAGUCGUCCAACUGCGUGGUGGACAGCCGCUUCGUGCUGAAGAUAACGGACUACGGCCUGCCAAGCUUCUACAGGGAGAGCGGCUCGGAAGACACACACGCUUUCUACGCCCGCAAGUUGUGGACAGCGCCAGAGCUGUUACGAGCGGACCCCUGCCCCCCGUGCGGCACCCAGAAGGGCGACAUCUACAGCUUCUCCAUCAUACUGCAGGAGCUGGCUCUCCUGAAAGGACCCUUCUACCUGGAAGGACCCUCCCUCAGUCCCAAAGAGAUUGUGGAGCGCCUGACGGUGGGCCAGUGGCCGUUCUUGCGCCCCCUGCUGUGCGGCGAGAGCCAUAGCGAGGAGCUGGGGCAGUUGAUGCAGCGCUGCUGGGCAGAGGAGCCCGCCGAGAGACCCGACUUCAGCCAGAUUAAAGUCAUGCUCCGCAAGAACAACAGAGGCUAUGGCUCCAACAUCCUGGAUAACCUGCUGUCCCGUAUGGAGCAGUACGCCAACAACCUGGAGGAGCUGGUGGAGGAGCGGACACAGGCCUACCAUGAGGAGAAACGCAAAGCAGAGGCCCUGCUCUACCAGAUAUUACCACACUCCGUAGCAGAGCAGCUGAAGCGCGGGGAGACGGUGCAGGCUGAGGCGUUCGACUCGGUCACCAUCUACUUCAGUGACAUCGUGGGAUUCACAGCCAUGUCUGCAGAGAGCACUCCCAUGCAGGUGGUUACUCUGCUGAACGACCUCUACACCUGUUUCGAUGCCAUCAUAGACAACUUUGAUGUGUACAAGGUGGAGACUAUAGGUGAUGCGUACAUGGUGGUGUCGGGGCUGCCGAUGCGCAAUGGGAAGCUGCAUGCUCGCGAGGUGGCCCGCAUGUCCCUGGCACUCUUGGAAGCCGUCCACAACUUCCGCAUACGCCACCGGCCUGCACAGCAGCUGCGGCUACGUAUAGGGAUACACAGCGGUCCUGUGUGUGCAGGAGUGGUGGGACUGAAGAUGCCUCGGUACUGCCUAUUUGGAGACACGGUGAACACAGCAUCACGCAUGGAGUCCAACGGGGAAGCAUUGAAGAUCCAUGUGUCCGAAGCCACGAGCUCCAUCCUGGAGGAGUUUGGCUGCUUCCAGCUGGAGCUGAGGGGGGAGGUGGACAUGAAGGGGAAGGGACGGUGCAAGACCUACUGGCUACUGGGGGAGAACGGCUCCGACAGCACCUAGAGGACAUGGGAGGACCUAACGGGCUCCAACAGCACCUAGAGGACAUGGGAGAACCUCACCUAAAACAUGUGGAAACAUGCUGAGCAGAAGGAUGCAGAAAACUGUUUUUUUUUACAUCAACUAUUAGAACCGAGUCAGAAACCAGCACCAUGUUCAUUGUCCUUCGUUGGAAAACAACCACAUCAAUAGCAACUCCAAAAAAAACCACCACAUUCUUGGUUCUCCUUACAAUAUGAAAAUUCAGGACAAUAGUACACCUAGUUAACAUGAGAAUCUAUCGUAGAACAUGUGGAAACAUACUUAACAGAAAGAUGUUACAGUCUGUAACAGAGAACACUGGGAAAGCAGAGAACAUUUUUUUCACAACAUUUUUGGAAACUUGAAAACAGCUUCAAAUCGACCACCUUGUUCUUAUACUAUGGCAACACCAAAACAAGGGGAAAUUAGACCAUAAUCACGUGUUUACUUGCCACUGGGACAGAACAACACCGACCGCGAUAACAAUCCAAUCCAGAACACGACAACUGCUCCAGUUUCACCUAAUCUACAACAUGAGCACAGCCCCAACCUCUGAAACAAAUUAGUGCACUGUUUUGUCUUGUUCUAGCAGGAAAAAGGAUGUCCAUUAAUUUAGGUGUAACCUGACCCAGUUCACAACAUAGAGAGACCUCACCGGGGGUGCUGUCACAACCCGUACCGACCUGGGGAGCUGGGCUCAUCUCCCAUGUCCUUUCCCGGAUCUCUCUCCCCACUGCUUUCCUGUCGCACCUUCACUGUCCUGUCAUAAUAAAGGCACAAAACGCACCCCCCCAAAAGGCCUCAUCAUGGGACUGGAGGCAUUUGCAAACUCCUAAAUCUGUCACACACGCAUGUGGAAAGGAAGGUGAAGUGGACCGUGACAGCCAGGCCAGCCAGAUGAAUCUGAACUGUUGAUGGACUUUCAUUCAGUCAGACAGCCAUAGGUUUAUUUUGUGAUGGAGAUCCCACCCUACCAAGGUCAGAUACAGGACAAAAGAGCAUAAAUGAUGGUAAAAAAGUAGAUGUUUGCACACUGAAAAUCCAACCUCAGGGGUUUAUUAAAGCAAGCACCACUUUGGUGGGUCGUUUCAGUGUGUGGCGCUCUACUUUUUACUAUGACUUAUUUUGUGAUACAGCCUGCCUCAGCAGGAGUAGGACUACUUUUACUUUUGAGAGAGGCAGACAUUCAAUUAAUACCGUACCAGCCUGGGGUGCAUUUCUCAAAACCACAGUUGCUAACUAUGUUAGCUACUUUGUUGAUUGCAAUGCAAUUUCCCAUUGACAACUACCCAAGUUGCUAACUGGCUAACAACUAUGCUUUCGAGAAACGCACCCCUGUCCAGCUUCUACUUACUGUACUUGGGAUGACUCUAGCGUCUCCACAGUACAUGUGACAAGAUGUAAUGUUAUGUACUAACACUGUAUGUAGUAUAUGUACAUACCCAGGGAUACCGACAGGGGGUAAGGACCAAAGGGGACAGUUGCCCUGGGCCCAGGCAGAGGAGGGGCACAGAAUUUGGUCCUCGCUACAUUUUAUGUAUGGAGAGAGAGGGCCUGUCAGAUGACUUUGUCCUGGGCCCAACAAAAGCUUUCCGCAGCCCUGUACAUAAAAAAACACUAACCCAAACCGUGUGGUACAGCGUGAGUACAUAAUGUGACAUAUUGUUUCACUCUUACGCACACUGUUGUUACAUCGUAGCUAACUGUUGUAACAGGGAUAGUAACAUAAAAAGUGUGGCCGUUUUUUUUUUUGUUUUUUUUUUGGAAAUGUUGGAAUUUGAGCAGAUAUGUAAAUGUAUGUGUAGAAGAACUAUCAUGUAUUGCAAAUUCCAUGAUAUAUAUUUGUUGGUGAUAUUUGUAAUGAUUAACAGCAUUAUUUAGCACAUAGACUUGUUUAAAUGUACAGUAUACUUCUGUGCUUUUGGGAAAUAUAAUGUUCAGGUUGAGUCUGUCUUCAUUUUUU